ACAGAACUAUGCAUUUAUCAAUACUGUCAAGAAUUGGAAGAAAAAUGACUUCUAAGGAAGGGAAACUCCUUUGAAAUGAUUUAUAGUCCUCCUACAGGUCCUUUCAUGACAUAAUAGCUGAAACAGAAACAUUUGAAUCAUAAAUUGCCUAGAACCAACUGACAGUUCAUUUUGCUAAGUGACAGAAAUAACUUGAUCAAAAUCUAACUGCCAGAAUUCCACAGAUCCUUUGAGCACCUUUGGGCCAGGCAUUCCUAAGUAGAUGCUUCUGAAAUGGGAUCUAGGAAGCUCACAUCUGCUAGAUUUCAAAGAAGAUUCUCAACUCAUGUUUUUGUUUCAAUAUUUAUGAGCUACUGAACUAUCUUCAUACCUCAAAAUUUCUUUUAAAUGAGCAAGUAGUAAACAAUAAAGCUCCAUUAUGCUGUGCAAAUAGAGAGUUGCCUUAAGGUCAAGCCAGACAUAAAUACAGAACUUCUGGUGUUUAAACAUGGUUCAUCCCUAGUAUGGUAGAAAAAUGGGGAAGAAAUACAGAAUCUCCAUUACUUCUCCUAAUUAUUUCCCACUGCUGCUCCCCCUACCCCACUUUUCUUAUCCUCAUCUAGGCUCUGAUAUCAGAGAGAUAAGUUCAAGCUUGAGGAAAUAACUUGGCAAGAAGACCUCCAGGGAGACGAGUAGGUUUUGAAAUCUGCACACAGACAUUCUAAUUACUACUAAUUUGAACCUAUUUCAAUAUGAUCGGGUUAACUCCAUGUUUCAGAGCAUGGAAUUGUGAUUGGUGUGUGCAGUUUGACCCUGAUGAAAUAAGCUCUUCGUAAAUUUCACACUUCACAUCGAACAGCAUAAAGUUGUUCCCCUACUUUCAUAUGGCUAGGGAGGCAGCUCGAAGAAUAGGGGGACACCAUUGUCUUCCACAGGGAAGGAAGAGCCUCUCCACAUGACACUUAACUUUCCUUGCCGGUCCCUGCUCCUUUUUCUCCUUCUCCGUGGUGUGUGUCCUCUGGCUUCUGAUCCAGCAAAGUAAGAAAGAAGGGACCAGUAACUCUCACCAAACUGGAAGAGGAGAGGGAACCAGAACUCCAUGGUUGUAGUUUCUCGCCCUCUUGCUGUGUGCCAUGUAUUUUUGUUCCCCUCAUACUCCUCUUCUUUUGCCUGGACAGAAGAGAUUCAUGGAACCACAUGAACUGGAGUAAAAUCCGCCAGGUGAGUGAAGCGAUGCAUAGUUAGCUCCUUCUCUUACCUGUAUGAUGUGAAUUUCUUUCACUUGGGAAAGGGAAAUAUCAGACGAAACAGAGAUUUGCUGUAAUCAGGAUGCAGAGAAGGAACAAACUCCACCCAUACCCACAUCUUCAGUUACUUGGUGGAUCUGGUUCCUCCUCAACUUCCUGUGUGUUGCUGUUCCUAUUCCCCUGGCACUGCUCCUCCUUUCCCCAGGAGGAACAGGGAUUCAUGGGGAAGAGGAAGUAAAUCUGCCAGGUAAGUAAAGUGCUGCAGGAGUGGCUCCUCCUCUUAUCUGUGUGCCACAAGUAUCAGGCAAGGAAGGGAAAUACUGGACAAAACAGAGAUUGCACGCGUCUUGAACAGCCCCCUCAUGCACCCACUUCAGGAGGCUGUGGCUUCAGAACCCACAAAUAAUCAAAAGUGUGAGUGUGAAACCCAAGAAAGUUGAGGGCCAACUGUACAUCAGAAGUUAUAAAAACAUCAGUUGCCCACACUCUCCCCACCUUAAACUACUACUGCCAUCAAACAUUACAGGGUAGUGGCUAUUUUCUUUAAGAUCAAGGCACGAGAGCAGAUAAUAAGGCUUUACUUCCCUUGUAAUUACAUCACCAAAAUUCAGAGACACAGGUGGGUUUUGCCCUCUGAGAGUUGAUGCGGUAUAAUUUCCCACUACCAAAAAUGCUAAAGCAUGAUGUAUAUCAGGCACACGUGCCUUAUCUUCUCUAUGGUUUACUUCUGUUUACUUUGACAUGCAAAUAUAACAUGAUGAGGCAAAGAUGUAUUUCCAAAUAACAUUUUAAGAUCAAGUCUCAUCAUACAAAUGGUGCACAUAUAUGCACUACUGUUCUAAAUAUAGAGAAUGGUGCCUAGAAAGCAAGUUUUGAUUUGGAGGAGGGGGGAUUUUACUAACGAUUAAUAUUGAAAGUAAAAAUUGUUAGUACGGAAUUCAUGCACGUAUAUAAUGACCAGCACAGUAAGCAUGAACUUAUGUGCUCCUACAUGAAAAAAACUAUCUAACCGGUAAUUACAUUAGUCUAAAUUGCAAUUACACAUCUACAACAGAAAGCGGAUAUGACUCAUCUGAAUUAGAUUGUUAACACUCUGUAUGAAAGCUUUCCUAUUUUGCAAAAUUUAAUUAAACAAACAUGAUAAACAGGUCUGAUCUCAUUUUUCACUGGUAGUGCCUGGUAGCUGCAGCCUAAGACUCAGGCCUUUCAGUUUGGUUUUCUGCCCUGAAGAGUAUGUUCCUGGGGAUGAGAGGGUGAAAUCCAUGGAACUAUUUUGUUUUUAUGCCAUAUAUUAUUUUGCAAAACAGCAUUUUUCAAUUUAAGUGCUAUCUUGAUUAUUAGUCCACUGCACGAUUAAUAAUCUUUCAUUUAUUCAAAUAAACUGAGAGUAUGCAAAAAGACAGGCGUCUGUUAAACCACAGCAAAAUAACCACAAUGCUCCACGACUGUAUAUCAUAUUUCCAGUUUGUCAGGACCAUAAUUUCUGGGCCUGUACUCUGGCACCAGAAAUCAAGGACGCUUACACAAAGAACUGAUAAGGCACCUGCGGCUCCCGGCUCUGAAGGGAAAUGGCUGAUGUGCGAGCGGGAAGAAUUGCGCGGGGGUUUUCUCUAGGCGGGAAUGACUUGUUUGAAUGUGCGGGGAGUGUAUAUAAGGGAGUCUUGCUGGGCCGACCAUCAAUCUCGGCUUUAUGUGUGUCAAAAUGUUCUUCAGUAAAGUUUUCAGUGACAACAGAGCAAGCCUCUUGUGUUCAUUUGGAAGCGGCUGGAGUGAGCUGACAUCAAAGCCGAGAUUGCAGGCACUGUCCCGUGGCAGCGGUGAGGUGUGAUGGAGACAGAGGGAGACGAGCUCCUGGGCGCAGGAGGGGGUCCGUCGGGACGAGACACUCCCGACGAGCCAGAUGUCGAAUUCCACCGACUGGCAGCCCUGGCGUCCUCCACGGCUUAUGCCCAGCCGAACGGAGUGACCCAAAGGCGAGGAGGAGCGCAGAGAGACAGCACCGAAGGAGAGGGCGAGCUACACUUCCCAUCCCCACAAAAGAUGGUGUUCCUGGAGGAGAGGAUGAUGGCAAUGGAGACCACCCUGGCAAUAAUGUCAAGGGCAAUGGAACGCCUAGCACCUUUGGCGGAGCUGGGAAAAGGAAGGGAACCUCGGAGUGGCUCAAUGUGGGACUUGAGCAUGGGAAGUAGCCAGAGCUUCGCAGAUCUCCCAGCACCGAAGGGAAGGGGAAUGCGAAGAGAGCUCGGCGCCCGACCCAAGACCUUAGCAAGCCUGGCAUGGGUGGAGGAAAGCGACAACGAGGAGGAAAGGCCUCCAAGGUCCCCAGCUACCUUCCAGCCAGAACUCCUGGUGCCCCUAGCAAACGCCGGGCGUGGCACAGGGCAACGGGAGGCAACAGCGGGGCCCCCGGGAACUCGAGGGGGCUUGCGACGGGCGGAACGUUGGGAGCAGCCGCCACAAGAUAUCCAGUAAAGACGAGAGGAUCUGAGAAUGGAGUACGGAGGAGAAUCCUCCGAGCUAGACUUUUUCCUCACCACUGUAAAAGGUUACAUGGAAGAUAAUGGCCACACGUUCCGGACGGAGUCCAGCAGGGUUCGGGCAAUCGGGGCAGUCCUGAGAAGGGGAGCGGCCAGCUGGUAUGUACAACUGCAUGCCAGACACGACCCAUGCCUGGGGUCGGUAAGGCGCUUCCUAGCAGCACUGGAGGACCGCUUCCGAGACCCGCUUGAACGAAUCCAGGCGAGGGAGAAACUGAAAGCCAUCUACCAGGGGCAGAGGUCAGUUUCCCAAUACGCUGAGGAGUUCCAAUGCCUAGCCGAGAGAAUUCCGGAGUGGUCAGAGGUAACCAAACUGGAAAUAUUCAAAGAGGGACUACGGCGAGAGAUCCUUGCAUGGGCAGCGCAUCGGGAUGAUCCGAAGACGCUGAGAGGCUGGAUCCAGUUAGCAGGCCGUGUCGAAACCACAUUGGCCCAAGUGAAGAGGCACCGGGGGGGACAACAGCAGCUUCCGAGGCCGAAGGAGGUACCAAGGAAGCCGGAGCAACCCCCAACCAGGAGACAGACCGAGGCGAAGGGAACCAGCGGAGGAGCGAGAAGGGAGUGCUUUGUGUGCGGGCGUGUGGGACACAGAGCCGCGGAGUGCUGGCAGAGGAAAGGAGGAGGGGGCAAUCAGCCCAAACAGCAGGCAGCAACAGGAAAGCGUGCUGAAGAAGAAUCGUCAACAAGGGGCCCUUCGGAGGGAUUGGAAGAAGAGGAGGAGGAAAUCAUGUCAGGACCAUAAUUUCUGGGCCUGUACUCUGGCACCAGAAAUCAAGGACGCUUACACAAAGAACUGAUAAGGCACCUGCGGCUCCCGGCUCUGAAGGGAAACGGCUGAUGUGCGAGCGGGAAGAAUUGCGCGGGGGUUUUCUCUAGGCGAGAAUGACUUCUUUGAAUGUGGGGGGAGUGUAUAUAAGGGAGUCUUGCUGGGCCGACCAUCAAUCUCGGCUUUAUGUGUGUCAAAGUGUUCUUCAGUAAAGUUUUCAGUGACAACAGA